GAGCAGGUCCCUGUUCCUGUUUAUCACCCAACUCCCAGCCAGACUCGGCUAGCAACGCAGCUGACAGAAGAGGAACAAAUCAGAAUAGCGCAGAGGAUAGGCCUUAUUCAGCAUCUACCUAAAGGAGUCUAUGAUCCUGGAAGAGACGGCUCCGAGAAGAAGAUCAGAGAAUGUGUCAUUUGUAUGAUGGACUUUGUUUAUGGGGACCCUAUCCGAUUUCUGCCGUGCAUGCACAUUUACCACCUGGACUGUAUAGAUGACUGGUUGAUGAGAUCCUUUACCUGUCCAUCCUGCAUGGAGCCAGUGGAUGCAGCACUGCUUUCAUCAUACGAGACUAACUGAGCCAGGGUUUCUCCACUGAACCUUCAAGGAGACCAUCCACUUUAAGGGGUUUGAUCCUUUUGUCAUUCAGCCCAAAGAGCCAGGAAUUAGGAAUUAAGAUCAUGCACAAAGUAUACAUUUCCUAAUAAAGAAAUAAAAAAUAUUCCUGAAUGGCUGCAAAUAUUGGAAAAAACCAUAGUAUUUUAGAGACUAUAGAAAAGUAGGUUGUUAUUUUUAAUGUAAAGCCUUGACCCACCAUUGUCUUUUAAUGUUUGUUCUUACACCCAUAUAUAGGAAUUGUGUAAAGUGUUACAGCAACUGUAAAUGUUUAAACUGCGUGUAUCCAAUUUUAUCAGCAGCGAGAUAAGAGUAUUUUUUUCCUAAAUAAAGUAACCAGUUUUGUUCUGAUUCUUUUCACAAGUCCUGGCAUUUGGGUCAAGGCUUUAUUGAAAUCUACAUUUUAUAACACUGGCACAAAGAAAUAGGUUUAAGCUUGUUUGCACAGUUCUUUUUCUUUUUAUUUUUCCCUUUUUUUCCCCUCCUUUUUUUUUCCUCCAUUGGAGAUGGAAUUCAUUGCCUUAGGUCCUUUUAAUAGUGUAUUGUUAUUGUUGGGCUGGCUCUAUGCUUGAAAACCAGUUUAUUUAUAACCUGUUAAAAGUGCUAUAUUUUGUUUGCAGUUAGGAAUAUGCAGACUUCAAAGUGAUCUCCUAGCUUGUAAGCAAACUGAGAUGCAUUAUCCCUUUUCUACAAGUGAGGUGGAAUAUGAAGAUGAUAUGAACCAAGUCCUACAGUGAAAUUAUGGUUUCCUGGGUUUUAUCACUUGCUUCGGUUCUGAUGAAACAACAGGCUUUAAUGUCACCUUUAACUUGCUCAGAUUAAAAGUGGGCCAGGUGGGCAAUAACUAGUUACCAUGACUGAGAGAAAAAGAAAAAUGAAAUUGGAACUAAUGUAGUGUUAGCAUUGAUCACUUAUUCUACUUUUUUCUUCCUAAAAAUGGUUGUCUUGGAUUAUAGCAAAUGGAUACUGCAUCUCUCGUUCUUGUAGUUCUUAGGUUAUCAGAAGUUAAGAAUAAACAUACUGUAUCUCAGU